AGUAAUUUAAUUAAUCCACCAACAACUUCAUUCCACCAGCAAUGGACAAACAACAACAAAAACUACCAAUCAAACCCUCAUCUCCACCGCCCUAACCACUAUCUCCGAUGGUAUUCAACACCGUGCUAGUCGCGUCGGUAGCCACCGUCUCCGCCGACGUAUGGCAAUCGGUAGCCUGUAUCUCCGAUCGAAUCAGUAGCCAGGAGUUGCUAGAUCUGGUGAUCUGUUUUCCUCUUCAACAAUUAGGUCGUUUCGUGAUCUGCGUUUGGAACUUCUUCUGUGUUCCUCCUACUCCUCCUGAUUCGUAUUAUUAUUCUUACUAUGAUGAUGAUGAGUCGGAUUACGAUUCCGAUAACAGCAGUUCUGCCGGUGUUGGUGGUGGAUUUUUAGGUUACGAUCGCGGUGUUCGUGAUUCGUACUCUGAUUCGCACUCGGAUUGAGUUUUCCACGGUAAUUUGGCUGUUAUUUUCCUCGUUGUGUACAGUAACUCUAAUUAUUGGUGUUAAUCAUGUUUAUUAUAUAGUUUAUGAUUAAGAAUAUUCCUAAUUAUUGUUGGUAAUCAUGUUUAUUAUAUAGUUUAUGAUUGAGAGUAUUCUGGUUGAUUUACAUCUACCAGUGAAUGGAUGUAUAUUGUUAGUUGCUGAUUAUGUUGAUAAUAUAUGAUUGAUUGAUUGUUA